AUGGUUAGCAGGAUGAGGCUGCAGCAGAUCAUCCUACUGCUGCAGACGAUCUACCUGGUUACCUGGGCCAGUUACGAAAACACAGGGGUGGUGUCUGAUAGGUUGGAGAAUGUAACACAAACUAUAUCACGAAUUCUCGAUGGGUAUGACAUCCGAUUGAGACCAAAUUUCGGUGGGGAACCUUUGUUAGUUGGUAUGGAUCUUACAAUUGCUAGUUUCGACGCCAUCUCGGAAGUAAACAUGGAUUACACAAUAACCAUGUAUUUAAAUCAGUAUUGGAAGGACGAGAGAUUAGCGUUUUCCCAGGAAAAGGAGGUCCUUACCCUAAGUGGAGAUUUCGCGGAAAAGAUUUGGGUUCCGGACACAUUUUUCGCCAACGAUAAGAACAGUUUCUUGCACGACGUGACCGAGCGUAAUAAACUCGUCCGGUUGUCCGGAGACGGAUCUGUCACUUAUGGCAUGAGAUUUACGACGACCCUGGCCUGCAUGAUGGAUCUGCACUACUAUCCGCUCGAUUCGCAGAACUGCACCGUAGAGAUCGAGAGCUACGGAUACACGGUGCUGGACGUAGUGAUGUAUUGGAAAGAAACUCCAGUUCGUGGAGUCGAAGAAGCAGAACUGCCACAAUUCACGAUAAUCGGAUACGAAACGAACGAUCGUAAAGAGAGGCUGGCCACCGGUAUAUAUCAAAGACUUUCAUUGAGCUUCAAGCUUCAGAGGAACAUCGGAUACUUCGUGUUCCAGACGUAUUUGCCCAGCAUCUUGAUCGUGAUGCUGAGUUGGGUCAGUUUCUGGAUCAAUCACGAAGCGACCAGCGCCAGAGUUGCUCUCGGAAUAACGACAGUCCUGACAAUGACAACAAUUUCGACAGGCGUACGUAGCUCACUGCCACGUAUCAGCUACGUGAAGGCUAUCGAUAUUUAUUUAGUAAUGUGUUUCGUUUUCGUAUUCGCGGCUCUGUUGGAGUACGCAGCUGUAAAUUACACAUAUUGGGGUGCCAGAGCCAAGAAAAAGACGAAAAAGAAAGAAACUGACGAGAAGAAAGUCAUUACCUCUAAAGCGGGAAGCAAGGCAAAUUCUCCAUUUCCUGGUUCAACAGAAGCGGAUAUAAUAGAGCUUCAAGACUUACGAAUGUCACCUCUGCCAAGUAUAAGAAACAGAUCUGGCCUAAUCAGCGGUGGUUCAACUCCUGGAGCCGGAAGAGAACACGAUCCGGUCAAGUUUCCUCCUAGUUUUCGCAUUUCGAGAGUCGCGGCCUAUAACACACACGGAAGAAACAUCGGUCUCAGAUACAGAGGACCUAAACAGCAUAAACCAAAGGUUUUACACGCGAUACGAAGAGGCGCGUCCGUGUUGCGUGUGUCGAUGCCAAAGAUCAAAGACGUGAAUAUAAUCGAUAAAUAUUCGAGAAUCAUAUUUCCAGUGAGUUUUAUACUAUUCAACGCCAUCUACUGGGUCUUCUACUUUCUCUGA